GAAAAAAACAUUUUUCUGCAAAUUCAAGGAAUGGGGAAAUCAGGAGCAGUCACUAGGGCCUCCUAAUAGACUCCAUGUUGCUGAGUACAUAUAGAGCCAUCUAUGUAAUAAAAUAAACAACAUAGAUCUGUUUUCAUUGGUUUACUACUGGAUGUUAAAAAAAUGCUAAAAUUAUCAUUGCUCUUAGUAUCAUUUCUUUAUUUUUCUAUAACAGUUUAAAGAUUAAAUGAAAUUAAAAGAUUUUGUGACCAGACAGACAAAAGGCAAGUAGUCAGUGGAGGCAUAAUAACCAGCUACAAUUAGCAGCUACAAAAAUUGCAACUCGCUCAAACAAAUAGAUGCACCCCUUUCCCCUUCUACAUGUUCUUAGUUUAUUAUUCUAGAAACUAAUGUUGCUCAAAACAGAAUUAAUAAAAAUCAAAUGGCCAAAUAACAUAUAAAACUUGGGAGAAGAAUGAAAGUAAUUUAAUGCAUCUGUAAAUUUUAUUACACGUGGAAGCCUGGAAGCCCAGCAUAGGAUCAAAAUCUAUAAUACUCGUCAUCCUCCUCCUACAGUCAUUUUAUAGUUUAUUAUAUAGUCUGUAAGCUUUCUUAUUUAUAAAAAAUCUUUCAAGUCAUAUGACACUUUUGAAUAAACAGUAAUACUCUGUUGCCGCUUUCAGGUCGCAUGCAUGCAAAGGAGUCUAUGGAAAAAAGGGAGCCAGUAAUGCCAUCAAAGCACUUCAUCAAAACCUUCUUUGAAUCCUUUGCUGAGGACCCCAUUUUUAAUUCUGUAGACAAAGAGAAGGAAGGGGAUGUGGAUGAAACCGAACACCCUCCAGAGAAAAAUGUUACCAACAAUGGCUACCUGAAAGCUCGGCAGCACCUACAAGAAGGAAACUAUGGAGAGAUUAUUGAAUGUUGUCAGAAUGAGCUGGCCAACCCUCUCACCCCUCAUAAAGUGGAAGCUUUACUCUUGCGUGCAACUCUGUAUCAACUACGUGGGGAAGGCAAGAAGGCAAUGGAUGAUCUCACUGCACUCAUCAAUAUUGAAAAUGCACCUUUGAAGAUACAUGUAAAUGCCCUAGUGAAACGUGGAUCUCUACAUAUGCAGCACGAAAGAGUUGAUGAUAGUUUGCAGGACUUUGACAAGGCUGCGUUGCUAGACCCAAGUAAUUGUGAUGUGUUUCAUCAUAGAGGACAGAUCCAUCUCUUGAUUGGCAAAGUUGAUUCUGCAAUAUCAGAUUUCAAGAAAGCUGUAGAACUCAACUCAAACUUCCCUAUUGCCUUUGUUCAGAAGUGUUACACUGAUUACAGAUAUGCAUACCAGAUGGGUGAUAAGGCAAAGGUAGAUGAAGUAAUGAAGAAAUUUGAUGAAGCAAUUAAAAACUUCCCAAAAUGUGUUGAGUGCUAUGUGCUGUAUGCUCAGGUACUAUGCGAUCAAGGAGAGUAUGAACGUGCUGACGGCUUUUAUGUGAAAGCACUUGAAGUUGACCCUGACAAUCCUACUACCCUUGUCCAUCGUGCUCUCUUAACACUUCAGUGGAAAGGGGACUUGGCACAGGCCAGAACAUUUAUCACUCAAGCUCUUGAAAUUGAUGAUAAAUGUGAGCUUGCAUAUGAAAAUCUUGCUACAAUUGAAGUUCAGACAGGCAACCUUAAGAGGGGAGUGGAACUUUUUGACAAAGCAAUUCCACUGGCAAAGACAGAAAUGGAAAUGGCACAUUUGUUCUCACUACGAGAUGCUGCAGUUGCACAAUUAAAGAUUGUGGAGAAGAUGGGUAUAAAUAUUCCAAACUUAGGGUCUUUGUAAAUAAUUAAAAAUGAGAUUCAGAUACCAUGAUGACCAGUUCAGAUUAUAAGAGUUGUAUUAUAAGUUGUGAAUUUCAUAGUUUAAUAAUGAUCCCAAAAACAGUGGAAAUGUAAAAGUAACCUUGAAUAAAAUAACAAUCAAGUACACAAAUAUAUUCUGAAAUAUGUAACCACGGUCAAUUAUGCCAUAAGUAACAGUGUUAAUUUUUUAAUGUCUCUUUUACAUUUCAGUGCUAUUGUAAAUUAAUGGUCAGUCAUUCCUGUUUUGUAUAGAAUUUACCCACUUUCAUAUGCAAUGUAGGUACUAUAAUGAAUAUGAAAAAAAGGAAAAAAAAUUGGUUCUUUUUCAAUUCAUCAAUGCUAUUUUUAAUUAUUUCUAUUUAUACUAUAUAAGUUGGAAAAAUAGUAAAAUAUGUAAUGUUUGAAACUGAAAGGCAAAUUAUACUGGAAUUAUAAUGUAAAUAUUCAUUCUUGUUAUUGUACUUAGGUGGGGUGAUUGUACAAUGUGCAUGAGAAAUAAAUGAUGUUAAUGUA